UUUUUCUUUUUCCCUUUCUCUAAUAUAUCCGAUCCACGUAUAUAAAGACAUCUCUGCUCUGUGCUCUGUCAAGUCUAUUCUCCUGCCUCUCAUUCAUAUUCCUGGUUUGAGUUUCCAAUUUGUACACGAUUCAACGCUCCCUUCACCUUACUCAUUUUUUUUCUCAAACUCUCUCUGAUCUGUCUCUACUCCCCAGCUGUUUUAUAAAACCAAAUUAACACAAAGAGUGAACAAGUUUGAAGCUAGACUGGAUUACACAUGAGCUCUGAUCCUGUAAUUGUUAUGGAAAACCAAAUAAUACAACAUCAACCGUUGAUGAGGAUCACAAUGAGAUCAAGAUUUAAACGUGUAUGUGUAUUCUGCGGGAGUAGUCCUGGCAACAAACCUACUUACCAACUUGCUGCAAUUCAGCUUGGCAAUGAAUUGGUGGAGAGAAAUAUUGAUCUUGUUUAUGGAGGAGGAAGUAUUGGUCUCAUGGGUCUUGUCUCUCAAUCUGUUUAUGACGGAGGUCGUCAUGUUUUGGGAGUAAUUCCAAAAACGCUAAUGCCUAUAGAGAUAACUGGUGAAACAGUAGGAGAAGUGAGAACGGUUUCCGGUAUGCACCAACGGAAAGCAGAAAUGGCACGUCAUGCCGACGCUUUCAUCGCGUUGCCAGGUGGUUACGGGACGUUAGAAGAACUACUAGAGGUUAUCACUUGGGCUCAGUUAGGAAUUCACGAUAAACCUGUAGGGUUGCUGAACGUGGAUGGAUACUACAAUUCCUUGCUAAGUUUUAUAGAUAAAGCCGUGGAUGAAGGCUUCAUAUCCCCUGCUGCAAGGCAUAUCAUAGUUUCAGCUCCUACUGCACACGAACUUAUGUCCAAGCUCGAGGAGUACGAGCCGAAGCAUUGCGGCGUAGCUUCAAAAGUAAGCUGGGAAAUGGAGCAGCAAUAUUCAUCCAAUAACAAUAAAUCAGAUAUUGCUCGGUAGAUGAUUAAAACGAUUCGUUUACAGAUAAAAAGAAAGGCUGUAAAUUGAUGAAAUGCUUACUAUUUAUCUUCUUCUGAUCAUAGAUAUAAAUCCCAUACAUCUGAUUAAUAUCAACAUUCAUACAAAAUUACACACUCUGCACAGUGUUCCUUUUAGUUCACUGUGGGGGUACAUUUGGUGAAUUUUUCUUUUUCGUUGUUGUGAAGAUUAGAGAACUAACCUUCAGAACAUUAAGCUAGCAAGAUCAGUUGUUUCCAAUUUUCUUUCAUAAUUAUUUAUUAAUGAACGGAUUUUGUUGUAAAGUAAAUGUUCAAUAAAUAAGAUUUUGUUGGACUUCCAUGCAUUAGUGUGGAAGCUAGCUCUUGCUGAUUUCUCCAUCGACGACAACCAACACCAUUUCAGACGGAACCAAUUCGAGAUACAGACCUAGAUUCCAUCAAGCCAUCAACUCAAGUUCCGGUUGACGCUGUUGUUGGAAGAAAUGACUUGAAUUCACACCGAGAAGAGUUGGACGCGACUGCUUGAUCGAAAACUUGAAUUUCCCAUUUUUUGUUCUGCUCAAGACCCUUUAUUUUACAUUUCAUUUGGUAAGAAGAGAAGAUGCUUUCCUUUUGGUCUUGUUAAGAACUGAGAUGUGGCCACGUUCUAUCA